AGAUUUCUUUUGUCUGGAAAAACUGCCACUUCACGACGUGGAUUCUUCUUUCACAACCAUUAUUUUUUCGCCUUGCCUUCCCCUUUCACAUCUUGUUCUCUCAGCAGGUUACACCUUUUCAAAGUAUCACAAUGUCGGAGAAUCCACUUCUGCAGCCCAGCUCGCUUCCUUUCCAGUCGCCACCCUUCGACAAGAUCAAGGUGGAGCACUACGCUCCCGCCAUUGAGGAGGGUAUGGCAGAGCAGCUGGCUGAAAUCGAAGUCAUAAAGUCUGAUCCUGAUGCACCGACCUUCGAGAACACCGUCGUUGCAUUGGAGCUCAGCGGACGGCUGCUGUUUCGCUCGUGGAGUUCCUUCAGCAACCUGUAUGCUGCCAACUCUACACCGGAGAUGCAGCAGCUGAUGCUGGAGUACUCGCCGAAGACGGCGGUUCACUCCGACAAGAUCUACCUCGACUCUAUACUGUAUCACCGCAUUAAAGCUGUGUACGACGACCGUGGCGGACUGGCCGGCGAGGACCUGCGCCUCGUGGAGUACUACGAAGAGCACUUUCGCAAGGCGGGUGCCGCUCUGGACGACGCUGGCAAGAAGGAACUGAAGCAGGUCAACGAGCGUCUUGCCACCUUGGAAAGCGUGUUUGGCAACAAGGUGAUGGGCACGCGCAAGACUGCGUCGCUGAUCGUGGACGACGUUGCAGAGCUGGAGGGGCUGUCCGAGGACGACAUCGCGACUGCGCGGAAGGAGGCGGAGGACCUGGGCCACCCCGGGAAGUACGCGCUGAUCAUCGUGAACACAACGCAGCAGCCGCUACUGACGUCGCUGAAGAACCGAGAGACGCGCCGGCGCCUGUUCGAGGCGAGCGAGCAGCGUGCGUGCCGCGGCGACGCCAACGAUACGCGCGCGGAUAUCGAAGAAAUAGCUUGUCUUCGUCUGCGUAAGGCGAAACUGCUUGGCAAGAAGAGCUUUGCGGAGUGGCAGCUGCAGAACCAGAUGGCGGACCCUGCGUCUGCGGAGGCGCUACUGCGUGACAUGGGCAAGGCAGCUGCGAUGAAGGCGAAGAAGGAGGCCACGGAUAUCCAGAAGAUGAUCCGCGAGGAGGGCGGCGACUUCGAGCUUGCACCCUGGGAUUGGAGCUACUACGCGGAGAAGGUGCGGAAGCAGCAGUACGAUCUCGACGAGAGCGAGACGAAGCCGUACUUUGAGCUGCACAACGUGCUGGAGCGUGGUGUGUUCUACACCGCGGAGCAGCUCUACGGUCUGACGAUGCAGCGCCGCACGGACCUGCCUGUGUAUCACCCGGAUGUGAUGACCUUCGAGGUUUUUGACCACACGGGCGAGUCGCUUGCCAUUUACUGCCUGGACCCGUAUGCGCGCUCCAGCAAGCGUGGCGGUGCGUGGAUGACGUGGUAUGUGGAGCAGUCGCUUUCGCUUCACCAGAAGCCGGUGGUGCACAACGUUCUGAACCUUGUGAAGCCUGUGGAAGGGAAGGUAACGUUGAUGAGUAAGUGGGAGGUCACGACACUGUUCCACGAGUUCGGCCACGGUCUGCACGGCAUGCUGAGCAGUCUCAAGUACCCAACGCUGGCGGGUCCCAAUGUCGCCGCUGACUUCCUGGAGUUCCCGUCGCAGAUCAACGAGCACUGGGCGAUGUACGACAAGGUGCUGCGCAACUACGCGAUCCACUACGAGACGAAGGAGCCGAUACCGCAGGCGCUUGUGGACCGCAUGCGCGCUGCGGAAACGUAUGGCGGAGGUUUCUCGACGAUUGAGGUGGUGAAAGCGGCGUACCUGGACCUGUAUUGGCAUCUCGUGACGGAAGAGUCGAUGCUGCUGCCUGCGGCGGAGAUGGAAGAGGCUGCGAUGAAGGCGUUCGGCGUAGGUCUGGCGGAGAUACCGCCGCGCUACCACAGCGGUUACUUCCUGCACACGUUCACUGGAGGCUAUGCAUCAAACUACUAUGUGUAUCAGUGGGCCCGCGUGUUGGAUUGCGAUGGCUUCGAGUGGUUCCUGGAGAACGGCGGUCUGACGCGACAGAACGGCGACCACCUGCGUGCGUGCGUGCUGUCAGUGGGCAACUCGGUGGACGCAAACGUCGCGUACGAGAAGUUCGCGGGACGCAAGGCGAACAUGAAGGCGUUCCUGCGCAUCAACGGCCUUUUGAAUGAGUAA